AUGAGGUUCACAGACGCUUUUCUUCUGGCCACUCUCGCGUCGGCGAGUGGCACCACUGACUCUGAACUUCUCAUACAGGGCAUCGAAAAUCCCCUCCAGGCCUUUACCUGGCAGAUGACCCAGAACAAGCUUUCAGUCAUCGAGACCAUGACGGCUGUCGGCGAACUCGCAUCACAGCUUCAGGUCGGCGUCGCCGCACUGGAAAAGGCUGCAGUUGGCGGGUCGGAGCAUAAUGCAAGUCUACUUUUGCUCGGUCGGAAGUUUGCCGGAAUCGGUCUCUUCAUCAAGUCAAUGGUAUUGAGAAGAAAGCCGAUCGUCGAAGCGCAUAGCCGCUGUUAUGAUAUGGAACAUGCUAUCGAUGACAUUCAAGUCCAGUUCUACAAGCUCGGCCUUUACAUUAACAGUACGGUGGCUGCAGAAGACAAGACGAAUGCCUUUUCGUACACUGAGGGGAUUCUCGAGAUCCUGAACGGUGCCAAGGGGGAGUUUACAAAGGACCAUUGUGUCGAUGCAGAGCCUCGCUCCACCUAG